AUGGACUCGAUGACUAAUCAAGCUCUAAAUGCUUUUGCGACGUUGGAACUUGUUGAAGCACUUGCGGAGCCGGCAACAAGGCCAGGACGUGGACGUGCUCGACUUCCACGCUCUAGGGCCAACCAACAUCUUUCCUCCUUCGUCCUCCAUGUGCCACCUCCAACACAAGCAGGCUCCAGUGUCGCACUCCGAGUCAAGCGUGGACGCAAACCUUUCCAGGAUGUGCAGCCAUCGAGCAAUAAUACCAUUCACAGUCCAAAUCGGCGGACACAAGCUGGGCUUGACGCCUAUCCACCCACUCCUUCUUUCCUUCUCUCCCCGUCAAGGCGAAUUCAUGACCAGCGUUCGGGUAGACCGGCCCCUUACCCGCGGGUUUCAUUGCGCAUUCGUGGAGUCUACUAUCCCGUUGAAGAGCUGUUGGCCCGUCAUAUCGCGCCGUCAGUCGAUGCCAAUGCUGAGAACAGGCCCAUCGCGGACAAUUUGAACUCUAUCCAGUAA